AUGUUGACAAUGGAGAAAGAAUUUGAUUCAAAGCUUGUUCUUCAAGGGAAUUCAUCAAAUGGUGCAACUAUAUCCAGAAGCAAGAGCUUCGCAUUCAAGGCUCCUCAGGAGAAUUUCACCAUUAAGGAUUUCGAGCUCGACAAGAUCUAUGGCGUCGGCUCUUAUUCAAAGGUUGUUAGGGCGAAGAAGAAGGAAAAUGGAGCUGUGUACGCGUUGAAGAUCAUGGACAAGAAAUUCAUCACCAAGGAGAACAAAACAGCUUAUGUCAAAUUGGAGAGGAUUGUUCUUGAUCAACUCGAACAUCCAGGGAUUGUCAAACUCUUCUUUACAUUUCAAGAUAAUUUCUCACUAUACAUGGCGCUUGAAUCUUGUGAAGGUGGGGAACUUUUCGACCAAAUCACAAGAAAAGGUCGUCUAUCAGAGGAUGAAGCUCGGUUCUACGGUGCAGAAGUUGUGGAUGCUCUUGAGUAUAUACAUAACAUGGGACUGAUACAUCGUGAUAUAAAGCCGGAAAAUCUGUUACUGACUUCAGAUGGACACAUUAAGAUUGCUGAUUUUGGUAGUGUAAAGCCAAUGCAAGACAGCCAAAUCACAGUACUUCCUAAUGCAGCUUCUGAUGAUAAGGCGUGUACUUUUGUUGGAACUGCUGCAUAUGUUCCUCCUGAAGUUCUCAACUCUUCCCCUGCAACUUUUGGAAAUGAUCUCUGGGCACUCGGCUGCACUCUGUACCAAAUGCUUUCAGGAACUUCUCCAUUCAAGGAUGCAAGUGAAUGGCUGAUUUUCCAGAGAAUUAUAGCGAGAGAUAUAAAGUUUCCAAAUCAUUUCUCAGAAGCAGCAAGAGACCUCAUCGACAGAUUACUGGAUACAGAUCCAAGUAGAAGACCAGGAGCCGGAUCAGAAGGUUAUGCUUCUCUCAAGAGACAUCCUUUCUUCAAGGGAGUUGACUGGAAAAACCUAAGGUCACAAACUCCUCCAAAACUAGCUCCAGAUCCUUCGUCUCAAUCAGCAUCUCCCGAGAGAGACGGUUCUCCAUGGAACCAAACACAUGAUGGACACGGUGGGUUCAAUUCAAAUUCUGAAUCCUCAGGUUCCAUAACCAGGCUUGCCUCCAUAGACUCCUUUGAUUCAAGAUGGCAACAGUUUCUUGAACCUGGAGAAUCGGUUCUGAUGAUAUCAGCAGUGAAGAAGCUACAGAAGAUCACAAGUAAGAAGGUGCAGCUAAUACUCACAAACAAACCGAGACUGAUCUACGUAGACCCAUCAAAGCUUGUUGUGAAAGGGAACAUAAUCUGGUCUGAUAACUCCAACGACCUCAACGUUCAAGUCUCAAGUCCUUCAAAUUUCAAGAUUUGCACUCCAAAGAAGGUUUUAUCGUUUGAAGACUCGAAACAACGAUCUUUGCAGUGGAAAAAGGCAAUCGAAACUCUUCAAAACCGUUGA